UAUGUUCAAUUUUAAAACUAGGCUUUUAAGAUGAAUUGUGAAAACUAGUAAUUAAUAUAAAUGUGGUCUGGAAGAAAAAUUUAAUUAAUGCGCCACAGUUUCAUUACAGGGAGUCGGUCGUUGGAAUAAAUUUAAUAUUCAACAGAAUCAAGAAAAUGGGGUAAAGCCAGCGGAGCAUCGAGACGAAGAAAUCAGUCACGAGACCGACGUCCACGUCGCCGUUUCCAACCGCUCCGUUCAAAAAUUUUCAAAUUUUACUGAACAUUUGUGUACUGAGGUUGGAUUUGAAAUUUUAAAUGAAGGUUACGUCUCGUGUCGUGUCGGCGAUCGCGGAGGGGAGCGUCAAGCAGCGCUGCCUGUUGAUAAUGAUGUUGUUGUUCUUCUAUUUUAGUUCGCCGCGGCAGGUUAAUCAUAAUCCAGUGAGACGAGGGAUAAAAGUCGGUGGUUUUUAACUCCUGUCCGGCUCGUGUCAAGCAAUCCGCCAAGUGUCCGUCUCCCGUUCGAGUUUCGCGACAGACACGACCAAUUGGACAGAUUCGGUUUACAAUCGGCCCCCUUUUUUUUAUUGGAGCGUAACCUUGGGCGGGGUGGACGUUAAUCAGUCUCGGGAGAUGUACCAAAGUUUUUCGUCCCAGGACUGGCUCGGUUAUCCAUUCUGCUCUGACAACGGAGGAUGUAGCUGGAGUUAGCGGACGGCCGACGGAAGAAAAAGACAACAAAAAUGAAGAAACAGUUCUUCAGGGUGAAGCAACUCGCUGACCAAAGAUUUUCGAGAGCCGAAAAGACUGAAGCGCUAUCCUAUGACCUUGUCGGCACUGAAAAGAGGAUAGAAUUUUUCCGCAAUGUGUGCAGCACCGCUGGUAAAAAACUGGGCAACCCAUCACUCGGCCCUGGACAUGACAUAGAAAAAAGACUGAAAAAAAAUCCUGAACACCUCCUCGGCCAUACUUUGAUAGAAUUGGCUUCCCGUCACGAUGACGACCACUUGCUCAGGCAAAUUGUCACCGACUGCGGCAAAAUACAGCUCACUCUCGGGCAGUCGAUCGUCUCGCAUGAGAUGACUGUCGAGAGCAAAAUUAUUGACCCUUUGCUGAACGUAUGCGAAAAUGAUUACCCAAAUAUUUUAAAGCAUAAAAAAACACUCUCUAAACUUAUUCUUGACAUGGACUCGGCAAAAACAAGGUAUAUCCAGGCUACCAAACAUGGAAAUGCCGCGCCCGGGUCUAAAGUAGAUUUUAUUAAAGAAGAAUGGGAAGAAGCAGAGGCUAAAGUUGAACAAUGCAGGGAUACUCUUGCGUGUGAAAUUUUUCAGUUGCUUUCAAAAGAAGCCGAGCUUUCGGCUACACUGCUACAGUAUGUUAUACUGCAAAAACAACACCAUGAUACAGCGAGUGCGUUUUUAAAUGAGCUUAUCGUAGAAAUGGAGGGAACAAUAAAAAAUUGCAAUUCAAAGGUUUUUGGCCUUCCUCUUGAGGAUCACUUAAGGGUAACAGGACGUAAAAUAGCAUAUCCGAUUGAGCUUUGUGUCUGUGGUAUUAUAGCUCUGACUGGUAUUGCUGAAGAAGGACUUUUCAGGGUAGCACCUGGAGCUUCAAAAUUGCGGAGGAUGAAACUAAGCCUCGACGCUAAAUGCCUCCAGCUCCACACUGCAUUAACGGAGUACAGGGAUCCGCACGUAUUUGCCGGUGUAUUGAAAUCGUAUUUGAGAGAACUGCCAGAGCCUCUGCUUACAAAUGCGUUGUACGACCAGUGGAUGGCUGCUGCCAGGGUGUUGACGAAUGGCAAUACAAAAGACGGUUUGAAGGCUAUGAGCGCUGUCAUCAAUAGCCUACCUCAAGCCAAUUUCGACAAUCUUCAUUAUUUAAUUAAGUUUUUUUCAAGUCUUGCAAACAGUAAAGAAACGAAUAAAAUGACUCCUCAAAAUAUAGCAAUUGUCCUGGCUCCAAAUUUGAUUUGGAAUGAGAAAGAAAGUGAGAGUUUAGGUAUUAACAUGAAUGUAGCAAGCCUUCAUAGUGUGAUAGUUGUAACACUCGUGACUUACGCUGAUUUAUUUUUUCCUGGAGAAAUGGAAUUUUUUCUGACAAUCCAGUUCAAUCGGUCUGAAGCACCUCAAAACGGAGUAAUGAACGAGCAUCAGAAUGAGAGCGAAGUUACGACGGAUAUUAAAAGGGCGCAGUCGAAUGACAGCCUGUCUGAUCACAACAGAAAAAAACAACACGGAUUUCGGCCUUCGAGCUACAAGCUAUUCUGCCCUCCUCAAGGGAGCCCGAAGCCGGCUGUCAGGUCUAGAAAACACAAAUCUACUGCUCCGACACCACCUGUUCAUCUAUAUAAAGACGAUAAGCAUCAAAACGAUGAAAAGGCCAAAGAGAAGAAGGCGAAAGAGGACAGGCCAAAGAGUAAAUUGUACGACGACGCGAAAAUCGAGCAGUUUACAAAGUGCGACAAGAAAACCGACACACGAGAGAGCAAGAAGGAGGACGCAGAGACGCAGACGCCUACGAAAGCCAUCGAACAGGUCAACCUUCAACAAGCGUCGAGGCUGAAUGAGAAACUCGAUCUACCGUCUUUCGAUGAAUUCUCAGACUCGGAACGGCGGGAAAAUUGCGACAUGUCGAACCGUAAGCUCGGAGUCUUGGAUAAAAGGACGUCUAAGUCCGGCGAGGAUGUACGGAAGGUCAAGUACACGCAAGAGGGCAUUUAUGCGACAAUGGAAAGGAAAAAGCCACCAAAGCCUGCUCCCAGGACGUCUAUAGACGGCGAAAAAGUUGAAAGACCCGCUAUACCUGAACGUCCGGCUAAUUUGCAUAGUUUACAAAGACCACAGAGUCUCUCUUUCAGGUUAAACAGGCCUGUUCUUGAAUCAUCACCUGAUGGUGAAGGCAGAAGCUUAGAAAGGGCUCAUAUGUAUUCUGUGGAUAAAAAACAAGUUGCUAUCAUUCAAAUACAAAGCGAUAAAGUUCUUGCCGAUAAUAAAUUACCAGAGCCAAAAGAGAGACGAGAGAGUGGCGAGAAGCCUGAGAAACCGAAAAAACCGGAGUCUCUUGGUAAUCAAUCAGGACAUCAGAGAGCUGCUUCUGAAGGAUGUAUAAUUGACACUGAGGAGGAAGAUGAGCUGAGUUAUAUACCUAUAGUAGAACUCGGCUUUGAAAGGAGGCCACCGAGGCCGACACCUCCUCCUCCCCCUGUGGUCUCCCCGACACGGAAGGAAAGCACUAAUCUCUGACAACUGAAAAGUCACCUGAAUUUUACGAUUGUAAUUUUUUAAAGAUAGUGAACAAAGUUUGACAUUGGUCCAGUAUUUUUUUUCUUUUCUUUUUUUUACCAACUCGAGUCAUUUGCAUUUGUAAUAUAAGCUCUCUUUAGAAGAAACUUUUAUCUUUUUCUUUUUUAUUUUAUUAGUUAUUACUCUAUUGUAAAUUAAUUAAUUAAAAUGAGUUUGGUUUGAA